AGCCCAUUGGGCUUGAAUGUGUUGCCAACCCGACCUCACAGCGCAGCAGGUGCCAGACUCACCAUGGUUAGCGAGGACAGGGAGCCCCCACAGGACGAGGAGGUCGCCGCCGCUGUGGAGGCGGCGAUCCAGGCGCGAGGUGGCGCCGUCGCCGCACACCUGCUGUUCCAGAGCGCGCCCGAGCUGCGCAAGAUGCUCGCGGACCGCAGGCUCCUGCGGUUCCUGCGCUGCUUCCCAGACCGCUUCGAGAUCGCGGACGGGAGCCCGAGGGAGCCUGCCGAGAUCCGCACGCGCCGGCCGUUGCCGCCUGGCGGCGUGGCCGUGGACGACGCCCAGCCGCACGUGGUCUGCGCCCGCAGGCUUUUGGCCGAGAGCGUAUGGGCGGCUUUGAUCAAGCACGGGAGCAGGAGCUGUCCGGGGCUCGCGGACGGGGCGGCCAGGGAGCCGGGCCCGACGCCGUUGCCAUGGCUGGUGAGGGACAAGGCCGUGCGGCAGCGGUUGCAGGGCCUCCUCGUCGUGCGGCCGAGCCUCCCGCUGCUGCAUCACAGGGACGCGGCGCUCGUUGCAGAGCUCGGCCGCAGCGGGGCGUGGUGGGCAACGCUGGCCGCGCAUUUGGAGGCUUUCCUGGCUGAGUGGCCGGUGGACCAGGCGACGCUGCCCGCGCCGGAGCUGGUCGAGGAACCGCACCUUCCGUGCAUGGUGGAGGCUGGGACGUCUGCCGGCCGCCUAAGGGAGCUGGGCUACCGCUGCCCCUGCCGCGUACACGUAGCAGUGCGAGCCAAACCCGCGGCCCCCGGCGCUGGCACGGGCGCAGACAGCGGCCACGCUGACAAAGAGCUGGCGGCGCGGCUGCUGCUGCUGCUUGACGGGUCCAGCGCGCCCCUGGACCGCGUCGGCAAGGACCCAAGGGUGCAGCGCCUCUUGCGCCAGAGCCGCUGGGCUGGCGACUGCCGCGGCUUGCUGGCUUGGCUGCGCGAGCGCCCUGAGCUCUUCUGCCUCUCCCCGGCGGCCACCGGGCAGCUGCUCGUCGCGCCCGCGGGAGCAGGUCACGCCACGGGGCCCAGGAGGGGCGCGGCGGCGCCGCGGAGGAAGCCCGCCCGCCGCCCGCAGGCGGCAGAUGGAGGCUCCGACAGCGAGGGGCUCCCGAGCUGCAGCGCGUCAGGAUGGAGCGGUGACCCUUCGCGCCAGUGCCUGGGUCCCGUCGUCGUGCUGGGGGAGGCCCCCGGCGUGAUCGCUGUGCUGAAGGAGGCGGGCGUGACCACCGAGCAGCUCCUCGCGCGGCUGCGCGCGCAGCUGCUGGAUGCCGGCGCGGACGGCGAGGUCGCGUCCGUGUCGCGGCUGGACCGGAUGACCUCGGGCGUCCUGGUCGCCGCCAGGGGCGGCGCUACGGCCUUCCUGGCCGUCAAGGCCCAGUUCGCGGGCAGGAGCGUGCAGAAGGAGUACCUGGCGCUCUGCGGCGGGGAGCCGCUGGGCCCCCCGGGCUCGGAGGGGGAGGUGAGUCGCAGGCUGCUGCUGGGCAGGGGCCAGUACCGCGCCUUCGUGUCCCCGAAGGGCAAGGAGGCCCGCACGCUCUACCGCGUCCUGGCCGCGCACCGCCACCCCCUGGCGGGGCCGGGCCUGGGCGGCGACGAGCUGGGCCCCGCGCUGGGCCGCCUCGCGCUCGCCGGGGGCCCGCGGAGGACGCUGUCGCUGCUGCGCGUCCAGCCCGUCACGGGCCGAACGCACCAGAUCCGCGCCCACCUGGCGCACCUGGGGCGGCCCCUCGUGGCCGACCUGAAGUACAGCCCGCGGCGGGGCCGGCAGGACCUGCUCUGGUGCCCCCGGCUCUUCCUGCACUGCGCGCGCGUGGAGCUGCGCGACCUCGAGGGCGCGCCCUUCGUGGCCCUGGCCCCGCUGCCGGAGGACCUGCGGCGCACGCUGCGCGCGCUGCCUCUCGCCGGCUCCGGCGGGCAGGGGGGCGGUGCCGGCGCAGCCCCGGCCGGUGCAGAGGAGGUCGAUGCGAGCGAGGGGGCCUGCAGGGAGUGCGCAGGCGAAGCGGACGGGGGGCUGUACACGGCGCGCGACUGACGUCUGUGUGUUCUUGCGGGCACCUGACAGCGUAGGCCUCAAGAGCGGAAGCGAAGGCGAAGGGAUGCG